CCGGUGGGAGCGAUUGCUGAGGCAGAGAAAGAGCAGGCCAGAAGUCGGGGCAGGAGAGGAGGAGGAGGCGGAGGGGGACCAGAGAAGAGGCCCAGGCAGGGAGUUGCCGCCCUGACCCCCGGGGGUGAUACUGGGAUCAACAUCCUCUCCUUUAAAUUCUGUGCAUACCUGUAGUUGUUCCUGUUAGCUGUAUCUCAAAUAGCAGCAAUGGCAACGUCUACCAGCACCAGCAGUGAAGAGGAGCGCAGCCUCCGUGAAUGUGAACAGUAUGUGCAAAAACACAAUAUCCAGCAACUCUUGAAGGAUUGCAUCGUCCAGCUAUGUACAGUGCGGCCUGAGAGACCCAUGGGGUUCCUCCGGGAGUAUUUUGAAAGACUGGAGAAGGAAGAAACAAAACAGUUUAUGAGUCAGCAGAAAGCCAGCUCCCGCACAGACUCACGUGAAGAUGAGAUUUCUCCACCCCCACCCAUGAACCCAGUGGUAAAGGGCCGCAGAAGGCGUGGUGCCAUCAGUGCAGAAGUUUACACAGAAGAGGAUGCUGCCUCUUAUGUUAGAAAGGUUAUUCCAAAAGAUUACAAGACCAUGGCUGCUUUGGCAAAAGCUAUAGAGAAAAAUGUGCUUUUUGCCCAUCUUGAUGACAAUGAACGAAGUGAUAUUUUUGAUGCUAUGUUCCCAGUCACCUAUAUUGCUGGCGAGACUGUGAUACAGCAAGGUGAUGAAGGGGAUAAUUUCUAUGUUGUCGAUCAAGGAGAAAUGGAUGUAUAUGUAAACAGUGAGUGGGCCACUAGUGUUGGUGAAGGGGGCAGCUUUGGAGAACUUGCACUCAUCUAUGGCACACCACGGGCAGCAACAGUCAAAGCAAAAACUAAUGUGAAACUGUGGGGUAUUGAUAGAGACAGCUAUAGAAGAAUCCUUAUGGGUAGUACAUUGAGAAAGAGAAAAAUGUAUGAAGAAUUUCUUAGCAAAGUAUCAAUAUUGGAAUCGCUUGACAAAUGGGAACGUCUCACAGUGGCAGAUGCUUUAGAGCCAGUACAAUUUGAGGAUGGACAAAAAAUUGUGGUGCAGGGAGAGCCAGGAGAUGAGUUCUUCAUCAUACUAGAGGGUACAGCUGCUGUGUUACAGCGCAGGUCAGAACAUGAAGAAUUUGUUGAAGUGGGCAGACUUGCACCAUCUGAUUACUUUGGUGAAAUAGCUCUGUUGAUGAAUCGUCCGCGUGCUGCCACCGUUGUUGCCCGUGGCCCACUGAAAUGUGUGAAGCUUGACAGGCCCCGAUUUGAGCGAGUUUUGGGUCCGUGUUCAGAUAUUCUCAAGCGGAACAUCCAGCAGUACAACAGCUUUGUCUCUCUGUCUGUCUGAAGUCUCCCUCCUUCUCCAAUACAUGCUUCACAAACGCAGACUGCUUCGUUACUCUUGUGCAGAGCCACAUGGCCACUGGCUAUUGCAGCUUCCUGUCUGUCUGAGAGAGGAAAGGGAAAAAAGAGAACCCAGUUGCUUUUUAUAGCACCAUUUUAAAUUUUAGAGCAUUAUUUUGGUGCUCCCAACCCCAUUUAAAAUAAAUAGAAAAUUGUAUGGAGACCUUUGCUGUUACUGCUUUUCUCUGUGCAAUGUCCACUGCCCAACUUGGUCAGUGACUGCCAUUCCUUUUGCUGGGGAAAUCUCCCAGCACCAAGGUUAUUGCCAUAGAGUUAAGGAUGCAACAGUAGGAAAUCAUUUCAAGGCACACAUAUUUCAUCUGGUGAAUCCUAUGUGUCUUUUAGGUUGUGAUUAACUUUCUACUGUGCUUCUCUUAGAUGGAGAAACAUACCUUCUUAGCUCAAUUUCUUGGCAUAAAUGUUCUGGAUAUGGGUUAUCUUUGACUUGGUUAUUAAGAGCAGCUCUUAGUGAAACCAGUUAGAAAGCUGAUAGUUUUGUAUGCCUGUCUCCAUUUCAGUUGGUUCAAGAUGGCCUGGUUAUUGUUUGUCAGGUUUUUGUGUAGAAGCUUUUGUUCUGGCGGCCACUGCCAGUGUUGCUGAUCUUUGGCAUGGCAAGUCUUUCUGCCUGUUCUUAGUUGUGAAUAUUCAUAUUUGCCCCUCCUUAUUUUUUUCCCCUGUGCAAAUGCUCAAAAGUCAGCUAUGAAUAUUGGUGUUGAUACUUGCACUGGUAUAACAAUUGUAUGGCUCCUUAGCUAAUGCCAAAUGUAACACCCCAUGCUCUGUAUAUAGAGCAGGACAGUGAAGGGUGCCCUCCCUGUGUCCAGUCUUUGGUCUGCUCUUCACAACUUUGCGUUCCCUUUUAGUUUUGGAACCAGAGAAAAGUGGUUCUGUUUCAUAGCUGAUAAUUCAAAGCAGCAUAUAAUACACAGUCUCAUGGAGGAAGGUGGCAGAAAAAGACAGGAAAGAGAAAGCUGGCGUCCAGUUUUGUGAAAGACUCUUCUUUCUAAGAAUCUCUUCUGCCCCAGGAGAAGUUUUUGUAACUUCUAGCCUUAAAAUAAAAUAAAAUACUUAGAGUAAACAACACAUUCUAAUCUCCUCCUUUUCUUGGCCUAGAGUCCCAUAUUGAUCUGAUGGAAUAGCUAUUUUUGGAAAGCUAGCCCGUUGUCAAGUCUGAGGUGUGUUUCAGUAUUUACCAGGUUUGUGUUAAUGAUAUUCAGUGUGCACUCAGUGCUGCCCACCGGCUUUAUGAAAUUUCACAGUUGGAUAAUGUAGGCAACUCAGUUUCAUUAUAAUAAUUAUUUAAAACUAGUAUAGGUUUUGUUUGGGAGUGACAGCAAGUUUUUUGCAUUUUUUUAUGCAACUACUACUUAUGAAUCCCACUUGGCCCAGACUUCCUCCACCACCUGACAAUUGGACCUGGUAUACACCCUUUCUGACAUGUUGGGAAAAUGUUUGCUAAUCAUAUUUUAAUUUUGAAGAAUAGGAGCCUUAGUAUAAAAAAGCUUUAGGGAGCUAUCAAUGUGCCCAUAUUUCUAGAUAACAGAUUAAAUGUAACAUAUACAUUGUGAAUUCCUUUUGUUUGUUCUUUGAGACCUAGGUGAGGUGAGGAUAUCUACCUUUUCAGGGGUCAUCAGUGCUGUUUUUUCCUUCUAAACUUCUAUUCAGUUUGAAUCUAUCCAGGGAUUUUUCCCCCUUACACCUUUGUUACUUUUGAAGCUUGAUUUGAUCCUUGUUGAAGCACCAAAAAUAUUUUAAAUCUUAUGUAAGCUAGUUGCAGCGCCACAAAAAUGCACAUUUUUUUAUAUAAGGCUUUCUAAUCAAGUUUCACUACUGCGUCUUUUUAGCUUGCUGUUUACUCCCUUUUGUAGUUUUAUCAACAAAAUUUUAAGAUGAACCAGCUAUGUCUGAGUUAAAUAUUAAUCACAGUUAAAGCUUUACCUUUGUGUGCAAUUUAAACAUGUUUGAAUCCACAGUUGGUAUAGUUUGCUUUAGCUAACAUUCAGGGCUUUGGAAGUAAUCUUUUUUUGCUAGGUCACCUUAGCAAAUUAAAACAAACAAUCUACUGCCCUAGAAUGCUAUAGUAAACCAGAGGACCAUUUUUGUAUCGUUACUGGACUAUUAGUCUGACUUACUGUAUGUGCUAAUAUAUUCCUUUUGUUAUAGAUUGUCCUAAUGGCAGGUAAAGCAAUAAAAUGAUUUAAAUUCUU